AUGCUAUCUGUCACCAACCCCGACCCCGAUCCCAUCCAAGACUACUCAGAGACACCCAUCCCUGAAGAUAACACCCUCCUCAGCCAGCCCUGGCCUCCGGGCGAGGGUGAAGUCGAGUCUGAACCUGAGACCCUAGAGCAAACCGCCUUUCGGCUGACCUGGCUGGCGUCGUGGAAGUUGCAGCGAGAAUACGAACUCAUCGAACCCGACCUGCCUAAAGUCAUCGGCCAUGUUUCGGUCUGGACGAACGCCAGUCAUUGUGUGAACACCGUCGACGAGUCCGCCGCCGCCGCCACCGCCGAGCAAACACCUAGUCUCGAGAUUGCAGAGCCAGAGGAAGAUACGGAUACGGUGCUGCCCGAGUCCGAGUCCGAGUCCUUGCUUGAGAAGACCCAAGUCCAGGAGCAGCUGUUCAAUCCAUACGCAUACCCCGAAGACGAAGCCGUGCCAAAACCAUCAGCACGUACACCCAGCUCGGUCGUCGUAACGGAGAUUAAGCUGGACGACAGAGAGCACGCGAUCGACCCGUUUUCCGACGAGGAAGAGGAGUCUAACUAUGACAGCGACGACGAGGACGAGGACAAAGACAAAGACACUGAUUGGAGCAGUGAUGGAGAAACCUACUGUGGCUCCCACUGCGGCGAAGAGGACGACAAGCCGGACCAAGAACACGAGCAGGAGGAGGAGCAGGAGCAGGAUAUAGCCGACUGCAGCCAAUCCGCUGCGCCCAGGUUGGCUAGGAACGAGAAGGAAAUGUGGGAGAGAUACACCAACCUGGGGCCCGCUCCAGAAUCACAGCCACAGGUGUUGUGCUGGUGA